CAACCAUUUGAGGCCACACUUUACAACUUUUGUCUUAACCCCCCACCAACGGCCUCAACGAGCACUUUCAUAGUGUGGUUUGAUCUGGGUAAGAGAAACUAUGGAUCCCCAUAUCUUCAUAGCACGGGCGGAGGCGCAACGGUGGCUCGGUAUCGCCGAGAAACUGCUUAUGAGCCACGACCUAGUCGGCUCCAAGACAUUUGCGAUCCGAGCACGAGAGUCUGACCCCAGACUUGAAGCUGCUGAUCAGAUCCUAGCAGUUGUUGAUACGCUCAUCGCUGCCGAGAAACAGGUCGUCGGAAAUAAUGGCGUGCAGCAGCCCGAUUUCUACGCGAUCCUUCAACUCGUCCGGUUUGUUCAGGACACGGACCACAUCGCCUCCCAGUACCAACGGCUCGCCUUCAUCCUAAACCCUCAUCAAAAUCGGUUCCCUUACUCCGAUCAAGCGUUUCAGAUUGUUAACGAAGCUUGGUCCGUGUUGUCGAACCCUAUGAGGAAAUCUAUGUAUGAUUCGGAGCUUGAUUUUGCGCCGCAACUGCAGAUGAACACUAUAGGGUUUAACCUCGAGGAACAGCAUCAGCAGCAACAGCAGCAAGAACAACACAAUUUUUUUUCGAUUGACUAUAUGGGGUCGGAUCAUCAGCAGAAAUCGCCGGAGCAAGAGCAGACGUUUCAAACUAGGGUACAACGGACUCGUCAACAGCAGGAAUCGCAGCAGCAUAAUUUUCUGUCACGAAAUCAAUCUGCACCUGCUCACGAGGAGGAUGAGCAAUUGUUUCAGCAUCAUGAGCAGGAGCAAUUGUUUCAGCCACAGGUUGAACCUUUAGAAGUCAUGUCUACCCCGUAUCAACAAAAUCCACCACAAUCUCAUCAGCCGCAGCCAUCUAUGCAAUCCACAACUCCGCCUCCUCCUGCAGUACCACCACAACCUCCGUUAUCUUGGCCACAAGCACCAUCUCUGUCACAGCGACAGCAGCCACACCAGAAACAGCAACCUCCAUUGCAGCCCCAACAACAAGAAGCAUGGGCAGAACAAAAUGCUGGUCCUGUUCAGUCUCCUAAUCAGGUUAAUAGUAACAAUGGUGCAAAGGAGAAGGAAACUGAAACAGAAACAGAAGCAGAAGCUGUGAAUGUGGAUGAGUCACCUACAUUUUGGACUGCAUGUCCUUACUGUUUCUACAUGUAUGAGUAUCAAAGGAUCUAUGCAGAGUGCACCAUCCGUUGUGACAACUGUAAAAGGGCAUUUCAGGCUGUAAGUAUUUCCUCCCCACCAUUAAUGGCAGAAGGAAAGGAAGACUAUUUCUAUUGUUGGGGAUACUUCCCUUUAGGGGUUUCAAUCUCACAUCUGCCAAAAACAGCUAGAACGAACUCCAAGUGGACACCUUUUUCACCUCUCCAUGAUGCCUCAAGUAAUGUUCAGAACCAUUUAAAUAGUAGGGAAGCCCCAAAGAAGAAUACUUUUGUGAAGAAGGAUUUGGGGCCACGAAUCUACAUAGAUGAUAUCACUGAUGAUAUAUUUACAGGAAUCUCUGAACCUAGUGAUGAUUCUGAUGUUGAAUGGAAUAUGACCAGGGACAAAAGUUGAAUAUGAUGUAUUUGAAAAAAAAGUUGUGCAAUGGGGAAGUUCUCUUAUUUUGUCUACAAGAAUGGGCCAGAAAGAUCAUAUUUUGACCAUCUUUUGCUGCAUGUGCAUCUGCUCAGAAAAAAAAGGUUUCCUUCAAGAAUCAUCACACCAGCUUCUCUAAUGUACCACACAGUAAAAGGUUUGACCAUCACUUCGGGAAAUUUUGGGAAAUCAGAAUUCAACUCAACCAUGUUGAAGCAACCCCAAACUACUUUUAGGACACUACUUCCACCAUUAUCAUCAUAUUCAUUUGUAGUUGUAACUUGUAAGCUGUUCAACUCCUUUUUCCUGCUCUAAAAUCUGAAUGAUUGAAGAUUUCUCGACCAAUGCUUGCAAGAAUUUUAGAACCCCAUACACAUUCCAUGCCUGAGCGUGUUAUAAUUAUGAUAGUCAUAUCUAGCAUAAAUGAUAAUAAAUA